CUUACUUUCAGGACUAACCGUAAGAAAUGAAAUCGCUGUGCUCCGUCUUGGGCCUUUUGGCUCUUACAGCGUGUUUCUCGCCUGGUGAAAGUCACAGAGGCCCCAGGAGACCAUAUCCACCCAGACCACAGCCUCCUCCUCGUCUUCUUCCUCCACAUUUUCCUUUUGGCCUAGGACUUUAUCCACCCCCUCCUCCACCCAAUGGCCCAGGGGAAAUUCCCCCAGCCUCUUAUGGCCGAGGUUAUCCAUAUCCAGCUUUCCAACCAAGACCUCAUCUACCUGGAUCUCCAUUGAUCCCUGGACUCCCUCCUGUUUAUCCUCUCUACUUUAACCCUCCACCCCAAAGAAAAACUACUAAAACAGCAAAACCAACUACUACCACCUCUACAAACCCCACCACCACCUCCAUAGCGAACCCCACCACCAGCUCCACAGUGAACCCCACCACUACCUCCACAGCAAACCACAUCACUGGCUCCACAGCGACUCCCACCACCACCUCCACCAUGAACCCCACCACCACCGCCACCAUGAACCCCACCACUGGCUCCACAGCGAAUCCCACCACCACCUCCAUGAUGACCACCACCACCAGCUCCACAGCAAAUCCCACCAUCACCUCCACCAUGAACCCCACCACUGGCUCCACAGAAAAUACCACCACCACCUCCACCAUGAACACCACCACUGGCUCCACAGCAAACCCUACCACCAGUUCCACAGCGAAUCCCACCACCACCUCUACCAUAAGCCCCACCAUCACCUCUGUGAACCCCACCACCACCUCCACAGCGAACCCCACCAUCACCUCCACAGCAAAUCCCACCACCACCUCUACCAUGAACCCCACCAUGACCUCCACAAACCACACCAUCACCUCCACGGCAAACCCCACCAUCACCUCCACGGCGAACCCCACCAACACCACCUCCAUGAACCCCACUGUCACCUCCACAGUGAACCCCACGACCACCACUACAGUGAACCCCACCACCACCUCCACAAACCCCACCAUCACCUCCACAGUGAACCCCACAACCACCUUCAUAGCGAACCCAACCGCUGGCUCCACAGCGAAUCCCACCACCACCUCCACCAUGAACCCCACCGGCACCUCCACAAUGAACCCCAUCACCAUGUCCACAACGAACCCAACACCAACACCACAGGGAACCCCAAGACCACCACCACAGUGA